UCUUUUGUCUUAGUUCUCACUUCCUUGUUCGUCCUUAGGGACACGAAGGUAUGGGGGUGGAAGAGGGCAAAUCUGUUGCGAGCACUACGCCCGAGACCCACACUCCGACGCCUUCGGACUCUGCGCAAACUCUCCCUUCCGAUCCGCUGCCGCCUUCUUCUGCUGUUCCUCCGGCUGUUUCUGCUCCUCCGGCUGUUUCUGUUCCUCCGGCUGUAUCUGCUCCUACGGCUGUUACUGCUCUUCCGGCUGUUUCUACCCCACCGGCUGUUGUUGGUGGUGCUGCUGCUUCCGUUCAGAACAAGAAAAGGAAGCUCGAAGAUGGCGGUCUCCACAACUCCACUUACUUCAAGAUCCGGGCGGUCGUUAAAGAUCUUCGCCCCUUCUUUAUCGAGGUUCUCCAAACUCCUGACUUUCGAAAUUGCAAAGCAGCUACUGAAAUCCGGAAAAAGAUGAAGGUUAUGAUGGAUUUAUAUAAACAAAUGACAAUGGAGAGAAUCUCUAUGGCCAAGUGUAAGAAUUCAUUGGACGGUCAGACUUUGUCUAGUGAAACCAAGGAAAAGCAGAAACCAGCGGAAAAGCGCCAAGUGGAAAAGCGGGCAGAGCACCAUAAAGCGGACAAAAUCCCAGAGAAAUCAUCUGGAGGGAAGCAUCCCCCUGGGGGGAACUCUCAGAAGUUGGAAGAUGCUCGAGUUCAAGGUACAUAUGUUGUCGGAGGGUCACCCUGUGGCUGGAAUUUUAUAAUGUAUCCUGGUAGUAAACCAGUCUAUUAUGGGGUAACAAAGGAGUCGCGUCAAGUUGCAAAAUGAGCCAUUUGCAUUCUCGACGACAACACAAACUUCUGCAUCACUUUGGUAUCACCAGCCACGCCAGGUAAUUGAAAAUGGAUGGUUUUUAACGUCUGUAAAUUCUGAAUUUCUAAUACGAAUGACAUCAAAUUUAAGCAGGGAAGAAACGGUGCAAGGUGUGGCCUGGUUGGGGAACUUUUCAUUGUAUAAUUUUCAAAAAGUUAGUUCAUUUUCUCCUCUUGUUUUGCCUUGAAAA